GUUGCAGUCUGUUCGUGCCUGCCGUAAAGCCUGCAUCGCGCCCGCGCAAGCUAUGCAUUUUCGAGCGACUGUGCAAUCGUUGUCCGUACUUGUGCAUUGAAGCCAAACAAGUUGCCAUACUGAAAACUAGAUAUCAACGAGGAUCUCGUUGGCGCAUCAGAAAUCCCGUAACACAAUCGGCGUGAAAACGGCCGGCGCGGCGCCGGGCAUCACCCACUACAAUGCCAUCGAGCCGGGAUAUUGAGCUCAAGCUGUAUCCGCUGAAGGAGGACUCAUUCAGCAGACAUAAUCACUACAAUAUGGGCAGCUACGCCACGACCAUGGGUGCUGGAGGUUUCAGCAUGCGCGAGCCUAUGUAUGAGGACAUCGAGCCUCAGGGUCGCUGGGCCCGCUGGAUGGACGGCUUUCGACGGGAUCCUAAUUCCAGCAUCACGCCCAAAGACCCCAUAGACGACAUAAUCGCUGCCGAGGUCGGAUCCAUCCAUGCGCGCCCACCCUUGUUGAGGAGCAACAGCAGCGGCCACUACUAUGACAUACGUUCCGCUGCGCAGCGGACUGCGCAUUCGGGGCUCGCCAGAAAACUGAAGGGGAGGCAUCUGCAGAUGAUUGCCAUCGGUGGAUCGAUAGGCACUGGUCUCUUUGUAGCUUCCGGUAGGGCUUUGGAGCUGGGAGGCCCAGCCUCGGUACUGAUCGCAUAUUCCUUCAUUGGCGCUAUGCUUUACUUUACUGUCCAGGCUCUCGGAGAACUCGCAGUGGCUUUCCCGGUAGCUGGAUCCUUCUCCGCCUUCUCUACACGCUUCCUGGAUCCUUCCUGGGGCUUUGCCAUGGGCUGGAAUUACGCCCUACAAUGGGCUGUAGUGCUUCCCCUCGAGAUUAUCGCCGCCUCCAUUACCAUAGAGUACUGGAACCCGCAUCUUCCAAAGGCCAUAUUUGUUACUGUCUUCCUGUUCUGUAUUGUUGUCAUCAACUUCUUCGGCGUCAAGGGCUACGGGGAAGCCGAGUUUAUAUUUGCCAUUAUUAAAGUCACUGCCGUGAUAGGCUUCAUCUUGCUCGGUGUCGUACUUAACAUUGGCGGUACUCCUGACACAGGUUACAUAGGUGGUCGGUAUUGGCAUAUCCCCGGCGCAUUUCAUAACGGCUUCAAAGGCUUAUGCAGCGUCUUUGUCAUGGCUGCAUUCGCAUUCGCUGGCACAGAACUGGUCGGUCUGGCGGCCGCCGAGACUUUGAACCCGCGCAAAUCAUUGCCGACUGCCAUCAAACAAGUUUUCUGGCGCAUCACCCUUUUCUACAUUGUGGCCCUGACACUUAUUGGGCUACUGGUUCCCUAUAACGACCGAAGACUUUUGUCGGGCGAUACUAACGCCAACGCCGCCGCCUCUCCCUUCGUCAUUGCCAUAGAGAACGCAAAGAUUGACAUUCUCCCCUCGAUCAUGAACGUCGUCAUCCUAGUCGCCGUCUUGUCGGUCGGCAAUUCUUCGGUCUUCGGCUCUUCACGUACCUUGGCAGCAUUGGCUGAUCAAGGUCAAGCCCCCAGAAUCCUGUCAUACGUGGACCGUCGCGGCCGGCCUCUUGUCGCCAUCAUAGCCGUUCUGUCCGUGGGGCUACUCGCGUACCUGGCCGAUCUGGACGUGCAAUCUACGGUACUGGACUGGUUGCUUGCCAUCUCCGGUCUCUCGUCCAUAUUCACCUGGGCGUCAAUAUGCCUAGCACACAUUCGCUUUAGGAAGGCUUGGGCCCUCCGGGGCCACGGCCUGCACGAGCUCGCCUUUCGCUCUCAGUGCGGCGUCUGGGGCUCAUGGAUCGGCCUAAUCCUAAACCUCCUUGUCCUGGUUGCUCAGUUCUGGGUCGGUACAUGGCCCGUCGGGUUCCAAGAUAUGAGCGCCAUUGAGCUUGCGGAAAACUUUUUCCUCCAGUACAUGGCGGUGCCUAUUGUCAUCCUUUUCUAUCUCGCUCAUCGCAUUUACUAUAGGACCUCAAUGGUGCACAUGGAUGAUAUGGAUAUCGAUACGGGCAGGAGAGACUUUAAUUUGCCCAUCUUAUUAGCUCAAGAGCGGGAAGAAAAGAGGACUUGGCCCAAGUGGAAGAAGGUGUAUAAGUAUCUUUGCUGAGGGUCACAGCAACGGAGCACGAUAACGAAAGACAGAUUCCUAUUUGAAAGCAGGGCGCCUGGGGUUUUGUUUAGAACUGUGGGAUCACGAAGGAAAUGCGGGAUUGCUUCAGCCACGGGAAAUGUUAAUUCAUGGAAA